AUGCAUAUCAUCGUCAUGCAUAUCAUCGUCAUGCAUAUCAUCGUCAUGCAUAUCAUCGUCAUGCAUAUCAUCGUCAUGCAUAUCAUCGUCAUGCAUAUCAUGCAUAUCAUCGUCAUGCAUAUCAUCGUCAUGCAUAUCAUCGUCAUGCAUAUCAUCGUCAUGCAUAUCAUCGUCAUGCAUAUCAUCGUCAUGCAUAUCAUCAUCGUCAUGCAUAUCAUCAUCGUCAUGCAUAUCAUCAUCGUCAUGCAUAUCAUCAUCGUCAUGCAUAUCAUCAUCGUCAUGCAUAUCAUCAUCGUCAUGCAUAUCAUCAUCGUCAUGCAUAUCAUCAUCGUCAUGCAUAUCAUCAUUGUCAUGCAUAUCAUCAUUGUCAUGCAUAUCAUCAUUGUCAUGCAUAUCAUCAUCGUCAUGCAUAUCAUCAUCGUCAUGCAUAUCAUCAUCGUCAUGCAUAUCAUCAUCGUCAUGCAUAUCAUCAUCGUCAUGCAUAUCAUCAUCGUCAUGCAUAUCAUCAUCGUCAUGCAUAUCAUCAUCGUCAUGCAUAUCAUCAUCGUCAUGCAUAUCAUCAUCGUCAUGCAUAUCAUCAUCGUCAUGCAUAUCAUCAUCGUCAUGCAUAUCAUCAUCGUCAUGCAUAUCAUCAUCGUCAUGCAUAUCAUCAUCGUCAUGCAUAUCAUCAUCGUCAUGCAUAUCAUCAUCGUCAUGCAUAUCAUCAUCGUCAUGCAUAUCAUCAUCGUCAUGCAUAUCAUCAUCGUCAUAUGUGAGAAGUUCUCACCUAAUACACGUAAUUUAUUGUUUGAAAGCAUUACAUUUUCACUCAUCAUCAUGAGAGGCUGCUGCCCAUUCUGA